GACUACGCUGGACCGCAGGAAAUUUUAAUUAGUCGUUACCGUGGUGCGCGCAAGGUCCGCUGCUACUAUGCGCUCUUCACAUGCAUGGUUACAAGAAGCGUGCAUGUUGAAAUUGCGACAGAUUUAUCGACCGAUUCCUUUCUUCGCGCUUUUCGUCGUUUUAUAUCACGUCGAGGCAAAAUUAAUUCGCUAUUUUCCGAUAACGGAACGAAUUUCAUAGGCGCCAAAGCCAAGCUCGAUGAAUUGAGCGAGUUUCUCAGGUCUAAAGCCUUCUGUAAAGCCUUUGAGCAGGAAACUCUCUAUCAAGGCGUCAAUUGGUCGCUGAACGUACCUACAGCUAGUCACAUGGGGGGUAGCUGGGAGAGUAUGAUUCGAGUUUUCAAAAUGCAUCUACGCCGCACUAUCGGAGACGUUCUUCUCACCUAUGAGGAGUUGCUCACCGUCGUUACCCAGGUCGAAAUGAUUUUAAAUAGUCAUCCGUUAAUUGCACAAUUAAAUUCUCAUCCUGGAGAACCGGAACCUUUAACGCCUUCGCAUUUUUUAACUCUCGGACCGCUAGACUCCUUUCAUUCUGAUCCGCGUUUAGAUUCGGUAGAUUUAGUUCGCAAUAAACGACUUGUCGAUGAUAUUGUUCAGAGAUUCUGGAAUCGCUGGAGGCGUGAGUACCUAAACACGCUUCAAACGCGCGCUAAAUGGAACACCAAAUCUAAUCCGGUGACUAAAGGUACUGUUGUCCUUCUUAAAACAGAAAACUCACCGCCUUUACGAUGGCCAAUGGGCAUAAUUGAAAAAGUAAUGCCUGCCUCGGACGGGGUCGUUAGAGUAGUCAGAGUGCGCACACAAAACGGCACCUAUCUUCGACCUGUAGUAAAACUUUGUGUUUUACCUUCCCAAUAACCUAUUUUCUCAUUUUUAUUUUUAAUUUAUUUUUAUCUCAUUCUUUUUACUUAAUACUUCACAUCCUGCACUCAUUAAGUACCAUUUACACUUAUUAUUUGUACUUAUUAUGUACCACCGCACUACCCUGAUUCCAUCCGCUCUCUAGUUCACCCAUAAUCGCUACAUUUAUGUACUUCUCUCUCAUUGUUCAGGAGCUACAUCUCCUAAAGGCCGGGGGGAUGGUUCUUUUUUAAUGAGAGUAGACAUAAAACCUCUCGCAUGGCCACUUAUAAAAAAGAAACAUAAGAAGCAAACGUCAAAAAUAAAAAAGAAGACUAUCGCCGACCGCACCG